UCUCACCCCAAGAUGGCGGCGCCCGUGGGACCGGUGAAGUUUUGGAAGCCGGGCACAGAAGGUCCUGGCGUCAGCGUCUCGGAGGAGAGGCAGAGCCCUGCAGAGAGCAGUGGUGUAACAGUCAUCUAUAAUCCUUAUGCUUCUCUGUCUAUUGAACAACAAAGACAAAAGCUGCCCGUUUUUAAGCUAAGAAAUCACAUACUUUAUCUAGUGGAGAGCUAUCAAACUCUGGUGAUUGUUGGAGAAACAGGAUGUGGGAAGUCAACGCAAAUUCCACAGUACCUAGCAGAAGCUGGCUGGACAGCUGAAGGAAGAGUGGUUGGGGUGACACAGCCUCGUCGGGUUGCUGCUGUUUCAGUUGCAGGCCGAGUUGCUGAUGAAAGGGGUGCAGUGUUGGGUCAUGAAGUUGGAUAUUGCAUUCGUUUUGAUGACUGCACGGAUCCACAGGCUACAAGAAUUAAGUUCCUAACCGAUGGUAUGCUGGUAAGGGAGAUGAUGGCUGAUCCUCUGUUAACAAGAUACAGUGUUCUCAUGCUGGAUGAAGCCCAUGAAAGGACUCUUUAUACAGAUAUUGCCAUUGGAUUACUAAAAAAGAUUCAAAAGAAGCGUGGAGAUCUUCGACUGAUUGUGGCUUCAGCCACCUUGGAUGCAGAGGAGAAAUUCAAGGAUUUCUUCAACCAAAAUGAUACCGGUGACCCCAGCAAAGAUACCAGUGUGAUCCUUACUGUGGAGGGGAGGACGUUUCCAGUUGACAUCUUUUACAUACAGAGUCCUGUUCCUGAUUAUAUAAAAUCAACUGUGGAAACUGCAAUGAAAAUUCACCAGAUGGAGAAUGAUGGUGAUAUACUGGCAUUUUUGACUGGCCAGGAGGAAGUGGAGACUGUAGUUUCUAUGCUUAUAGAACAGGCUCGGGCCCUUUCUCGCACUGGAAUGAAAAAGCACCUCCGUGUUCUCCCCAUGUAUGCUGGGCUGCCUUCUCCUGAUCAGAUGAAAGUAUUUGAGAGAGUUUCUCGCAGUGUCAGGAAGGUGAUAGUAGCCACCAACGUUGCUGAGACUUCUAUCACCAUUCAUGGCAUUGCGUAUGUAAUCGAUUGUGGUUUUGUGAAGCUUCGAGCCUAUAAUCCCAAAACAGCCAUUGAAUGCCUUGUGGUGAUACCGGUGUCCAAGGCUUCAGCUAACCAGAGAGCAGGACGUGCAGGCCGGAACCGCUCUGGGAAAUGUUACAGGCUCUAUACAGAGGAAGACUUUGAGAAGUUGCCCAAGUCCACUGUUCCUGAGAUGCAGCGCAGCAACCUUGCACCUGUCAUCUUGCAGCUGAAGGCUCUGGGAAUUGACAACGUGCUCAGGUUCCCUUUCCUUUCGCCACCUCCUGCACAGUCAAUGGUACAAGCUUUAGAAUUACUGUAUGCUUUAGGAGGUUUGGAUAUGCACUGCCGUUUAACUGAGCCCCUGGGAAUGAGAAUAGCAGAGUUUCCACUGAAUCCGAUGUUUGCAAAGAUGCUUCUGGAAUCAGGAAAUUUUGGCUGCUCCCAGGAGAUUUUAACAAUUGCUGCAAUGAUGCAGAUUCAGAACAUCUUUUUGAUCCCACCGAAUCAAAAAUCUCAAGCUGCCAGGCAACACAGAAAGUUUGCUGUGGAGGAAGGAGAUCAUCUCACUAUGCUUAAUGUUUAUGAAGCCUUUGUCAAACACAGCAAAAGCUCUCAGUGGUGUCAGGAACACUUUCUGAACUACAAAGGACUUGUUAGAGCUUCUGUUGUAAGGGAGCAGCUCAAAAAGCUUCUUGUACGCUUUAAAGUGCCAAAGAAGUCCAGUGAAGGUGAUCCAGAUCCUGUUCUAAGAUGCAUAGUUUCUGGAUUCUUUGCUAACGCAGCUAAAUUCCACUCUACUGGAGCUUACAGGACUAUCCGUGAUGACCAUGAACUUCAUAUCCACCCUACUUCAGUACUGUAUGCAGAGAAACCUCCACGCUGGGUAGUGUACAGCGAAGUCAUACAGACCGCCAAGUACUACAUGAGAGAUGUGACUGCCAUUGAAUCUGCAUGGCUCGUGGAGCUGGCACCUCAUUUUUACCAGCAAGGAACGGUACGGAAUCGGCAUAAAGCCCAAACGCAUCUCUCCUUGAAGGCAAAAAGGGCUAAAGUAGACGACCACUGAUUUGAUGUGACUUAAGCCUUGUGGUGGCAGACGCUGAAUCUACCAGUGAUUUGGAGCUGGCUACAGUCCACCCAGCAGCCAGUUCAUUGCCAACGUGAUCUUACAUCAACUUAAAUGUUAAAUGCCUGCCAGGACCUGUAGGGAUUUGUGCAUGACCAGUACACUAUAAACCUAUGUAGAGCUUGCAUUGCAGACGUUUUAUUCUUUGCCUAAUUGACCACUGUUGUUAAUCUAGGCAUGUUGCUCCUUUUAAAUAGAUAGACAAAAAAAAAAAAAAGAGGACAUGCAGGACCACAAAAAAAGGAAAAGAUAAAAAAAGUCCUUCAAGAGGGAAAUGGAUUUCCUGGAGUGAUGUCUGCCUUAUGAGAGUGGGGAAUAGGGUACCCUGCCUCCUGUUACCCAGAGCACUGUGACUACUGCCAGCCAAACUGAGGCUGACUCCUGACAGCAGGUAGCUCAGGGCAAUGAACCACCCUUGAAAUGCAAGGGACUGCCAUGGAAACAUUGCUUUCAUGUUGGACCAUAGCAAAGUGGUGCAGCUUGUGCUCCCAAGCAGUAAAAGUCUCUUGCCUGAUGCUGAGCUGCCUCUUGCUCCCUGUCUUUCAAUAAGUAUAACAUCUCAAUUCCAUACAGUAAUGUUUGAGAGCCCUUGUCUGGGGAAGGGGAGGGAGAGUAGCUCAACCUUUUUGAAAGGAUUAGCUUUUUUCCUCAAUCAGGGGAAAUCACACAUGUUCACAGUUACUCAAAUUCACUGCUGAGACUUUACUCUUUUUCUCUCCCUUGAUAAGAAAAGCUGUUAACCUCUCAUUGCUUGGAAACCAGAGAGCACUGGUUUUGGCCUCUUGUUCAGCAGAGAUGAAAAUAUUCUUAUUAGGAAAG